CCGAUAAUACUGGGGGUAUAACACCGGUGACAACCAAACCCGUAAGCAUCUUAAAGAAAUCCGCAGUUCCUCAGAAUUCGAAUACAGAGGAUCCUACAAUUUGGGAAUCUCGGCUAGAUUUUGGAUUAUCGGAUGAUGAUCACGAGGAAGAAGAGGAAAAUCAAAGAGAAAAAAACAAGGCAGAGAACAGUUCAAACGUUUGGCUAACAAAAUCCCACCCAAUUUCUUCGUCAUCGAUGAGACACCGGAGCGGAGACGGCGUCGAAGACAUUAAGACAGACAGACAGACCGAGGACCCAUCCUUCAUGAGAACUGAAAAUAAUAAUGGGCAGAAAAGCCCGCAACAAAAGGUUGACUUACUGAUUACAAACAAGGGAAGAAUUCGCAGUUGGGAACGACCAGGUAUUGAAAGAUCACGUCUGGUAAGACCGAGUAUCGUUGCUUCCAGGCGAUUGGACUAUGAGCCCUUUCCUCGUCUACCCUGGGCGGCUCUGCUGCUGCGGUCUGACGUCAAGCCAAGUCAAGCAGUGAUCGACAUGAGUUAUCAGAGCCCAUGGACAAACCCAGGAAAAGUAUUUGGAACUUCAGCCGGCAAGUUUUUUGGGUUGAUGAAAGAAGCUCAGUCUAAACAUUUGGAACGCAUGAAUAGGAUGUACCUACUUGAUGACAGAUACAGGGACGUCGAUCAUCUUCAAGAAAAGCUUCACGUUUACAAGAACCUUUUCUUGGAAUUUGACGAAAACGGCUCUGGUGAUAUUGAUGCUUUGGAAUUGAAGCGAAUGCUACAGAAGUUGGGAGUACAUCGAACUAAUCUUGAGAUUCGACGCAUGAUAGCGGAGGUGGAUUCUGACAGCUCUGGUACUAUAACUUAUCACGAAUUCUUAGCUAUGAUGCUGAGCAGGCGAUCCCCUCAACUUAAAUUAAUAAUUCAGUUUGAGGCUAAACACAAGAUACUCCAGCCACCAAAAGUCGGACCCCCUCCUAAGAAGGAUCUCAGGUCUUUGCCUUGAACAAUCAUACAAAGAAAAUAAUCGUUGAAAACAAUCGUGUGGAUAAAUAUGGAAUAUUCAUGUAAAUGCUUACCUUUAGAUAAGCGAAACGCCAGUGAACUCUUUGUGGAGGUUAUCGUAAUUUUUCCAAUAUUUGUAUACAUAAAUUCACAAUUAUUAUUCAUUAGCAUAUUAUAUUUGCGAUGUCUUAAAGCAGCGCAACUGGACAGAUUUGAAGUACGUUCGCAUUUGAUCACCUCCUUAGAUUUGAUUGACAACAGGAAAAGGGACGUGCGUGAAACUAAAGAAUUCAUACCUAGUUGCGUUUUCAAACAUGUAAUCUAAAGACAAUUAUAUACAUAAGAGUAUGCAGUGAAUUUGACAUUGAGAAUAGUCAGUUAUUCUCUGGUACCAUGAUAUUAAGAAUAAACUCUUGCUUGAACGACGUUUUGUACGCUUCACAACACGUUCCAAUAUGUAUGAGACUAUGACUAAGAAAUGUACAUAUCAUUUGUAGCUUAGAUUAGAAUAUCCGUUGCAGGCUGUUAUAACAGUUGUUCUUGUUUGUGUUUCUAUAUUUUUGUCUUCUUGUCUUUUCAUUUUAUCUAUUUCUUUAUUUGUUUAUUUAUUCACAUUUUAAUUAAUGACAUGUAGGCUAUAUCUGCGUUUCUGAAGGAGAGCAAACCCCACAUAGGCUAUAGUAGAAAUCUCCCCGUAGAAAUAUUUAGAAAUUGCACAUCCACUUACGUUUUUUGAACUGAAAACUUUGUAGCU